UAAAGCGAUAACGCUCUCCUUUCAAUGAGACACGAUAGACUAAAUAGGAACUUGCACGGAUUUACGCCUUUAAUUUAUUCAUUAUAUGAAGUUAGAUUUUUACUAGUAGCUUCACAAACUUGUUUGUAUUUUCACACGUAAUUCUAGUGAGGAAAACAAGUUGCGAAUAGAUCGUGAAGUUAGUCUUCAAGAGUUUUGAAUAAGGAAAUCGUUUUAGGCUAACGUAAUGUAGCAAGCUAAUCUCAUUUAUCCAUUCGUUAACUCGGCUAUCAUUUCACAGAGAGUUAUAACCCCUACAUAAAGGUAUGACCGAGUACAAACUUGUGGUGGUUGGGGCAGGAGGUGUGGGGAAGAGCGCUCUCACCAUCCAGCUCAUCCAGAACCACUUCGUAGAUGAAUACGAUCCAACCAUCGAGGACUCGUACAGAAAACAGGUGGUGAUUGACGGAGAGACUUGUCUGUUGGACAUCCUGGACACUGCAGGUCAGGAGGAGUACAGCGCCAUGAGGGACCAGUAUAUGAGGACAGGAGAAGGUUUCCUCUGUGUGUUUGCAAUCAACAACAUCAAAUCCUUUGAGGACGUUCACCUCUACAGAGAGCAGAUCAACAGGGUGAAGGACAGUGACAGUGUUCCUAUGGUGCUGGUGGGCAAUAAGAGCGACCUGGGUACCCGCGCGGUGGAGUCGCGGCAGGCGCAGGAGCUGGCACGAAGCUACGGAGUACCAUUUGUCGAGACUUCUGCCAAAACCAGACAGGGUGUGGAGGAAGCUUUCUAUUCGCUGGUACGGGAGAUUAGAAGAUAUAAGGAGACCAACCGCAGCAACAAGAAGAGCAAGAAAAACACUCAGAGACGUUGCGCAAUACUAUAGCAAACCACACACACCAGCACAUCUCUUACAGCACUUGUUUCACGCUCACGCUCACACACACUGCACCCCCUCUGUCGUGUUGGAGAUGUCCAGCACAGCUCCAGACAGGGAAGCAGACAUGGCAAAAUCCAUUUUUUUAUGCUGUCACAGUUUCCACUUACAGUAUAUGCCAUUUAUUCAUCCAAUGUGCAGUGUCUGUUUAACGCUGUGAAUUCAGUUUGCUUUGUUCAGUAGCCAAAUAACUAGAAACUGCAGUUGUAAAAUGACUUUUUUUUUGGGGGUUAAGGUCAGCAUUUGUGCAAACUUAAUUGCAGUCUGUGGUACAAAUAUUGGAUUUGACUGUAAAGAUGAUUACCUUUUUUUU